UCUGCUGGUGGUGAGCGCAGGCGCCUGGUGCAGUGGCUGGCCCGCACCCUGGGUUUGGCCAGCCUCGCUCCUCCAGAAGCCAACCUGGGAUGAAGAUGUAAGUGCAAGUUACUUGGAAGGGGAUCUCAGGAAAUACUCGUUUGCCUGAGAAGCGAGACGGCAAAGGGAAAGAAGACAAUAAAGUAGGUUGUAACUAUGGGCAACCGGCACCCAGCCCCACUGGGGACCAUGGAGAGAGUGCACAGCAUCCGAGGGCAAGGUAUCCUGUUGGCCGCUGACCGAAGUAUGUGACACUUGGGGCCUGCCUGUGUGCGUGGGCUGCGUGGGCUCCAGGGACCAGAAAGUUCUCAGAGUUAUGUCAUGCCCAGACCAGCAGAGGGCUCCAUGAGGAUUCAUAGAAGAUGCCCCGCGUCUGGGCGCCUUUGGUGCUGCUUCCCACGUGGCUCGUGAUGGUUGCCUGCAGUCCGCACUCCCUGAGGAUUGCUGCUAUCCUGGAUGACCCCAUGGAGUGCAGCAGAGGGGAGCGGCUGUCCAUCACCCUGGCCAAGAACCGCAUCAACCGUGCUCCCGAGAGGCUGGGCAAGGCCAAGGUCGAAGUGGACAUCUUUGAGCUUCUCAGAGACAGCGAGUACGAGACUGCAGAAACCAUGUGUCAGAUCCUUCCCAAGGGGGUGGUCGCUGUCCUGGGACCAUCCUCCAGCCCGGCCUCCAGCUCCAUCAUCAGCAACAUCUGUGGGGAGAAGGAGGUCCCUCAUUUCAAAGUGGCCCCGGAGGAGUUUAUCAAGUUCCAGUUCCAGAGAUUCACAACCCUGAACCUCCACCCCAGCAGCACUGACAUCAGCGUGGCUGUAGCUGGGAUCCUGAACUUCUUCAAUUGCACCACCGCCUGCCUCAUCUGUGCCAAAGCAGAAUGUAAGUUUCCCCAGGCUGGCUCCACCCGACAUGGUCAGAUCUUUUAUAUCCAUGGGAAUGUGUUUUACCUGAGAAUAUCAGCUACUAGGAGUGUCACUGCAGGGGUGGGGUGUGGGGGGGAGGGGGAGGGACCUUACUCUAGAGGCCAGGGUUUCUGUGCUCCGUCCUCCAAGGCCGAGGGCAAUGUAAGAAACAAUCAGUCAAGAUGUUCUACGCUGCUGGUGCUGAAGGGUAGUGGCCAGACCAAGGGCGGACACUUGGAGCCCUCCCUGCUCAUGCACUUCCAGCAGGUUUUUAUUUUCCUCUCUAAUCUCCUUCUCUUCCCUUUGCAGGCAGCGGAACUAGGGAUGGUGUCAGCCUAUUACACAUACAUCUUCACUAAUCUGGAGUUUUCGCUCCAGAGGAUGGACAGCCUCGUGGAUGAUCGCGUCAACAUCCUGGGAUUUUCCAUUUUCAACCAGUCCCAUGCUUUCUUCCAAGAGUUUGCCCAGAGCCUCAACCAGUCCUGGCAGGAGAACUGUGACCAUGUGCCCUUCACGGGGCCCGCACUGUCCUCCGCCCUGCUGUUUGACGCCGUGUACGCUGUGGUGAUGGCGGUGCAGGAGCUGAACCGCAGCCAGGAGAUCGGCGUGAAGCCCCUGUCCUGCGGCUCAGCCCAGAUCUGGCAGCAUGGCACCAGCCUCAUGAACUACCUGCGCAUGGUAGAAUUGGAAGGUCUCACCGGCCACAUUGAAUUCAACAGCAAAGGCCAGAGGUCCAACUAUGCCUUGAAAAUCUUACAGUUCACAAGGAAUGGUUUCCGGCAGAUCGGCCAGUGGCACGUGGCAGACGGCCUCAGCAUGGACAGCCGCCUCUACGCCUCCAACGUCUCCGACAGUCUCUUCAAUACCACCCUGGUCGUCACCACCAUCCUGGAAAACCCGUAUUUAAUGCUGAAGGGAAACCACCAGGAGAUGGAAGGCAAUGACCGCUACGAGGGCUUCUGUGUGGACAUGCUCAAGGAGCUGGCAGAGAUCCUCCGGUUCAACUACAAGAUCCGCCUGGUCGGGGACGGCGUGUACGGCGUGCCCGAGGCCAAUGGCACCUGGACGGGAAUGGUCGGGGAGCUGAUCGCUCGGAAAGCAGAUCUGGCCGUGGCGGGCCUCACCAUUACCGCUGAACGGGAGAAGGUGAUUGAUUUCUCAAAGCCAUUCAUGACUCUGGGAAUUAGCAUUCUUUACCGAGUUCAUAUGGGCCGCAGACCCGGCUAUUUCUCCUUCCUGGACCCUUUUUCUCCUGGCGUCUGGCUCUUCAUGCUUCUAGCCUAUCUGGCCGUCAGCUGUGUCCUCUUCCUAGUGGCUCGGUUGACGCCCUACGAGUGGUACACACCCCACCCGUGUGCCCAGGGCCGGUGCAACCUCCUGGUGAAUCAGUACUCCCUCGGCAACAGCCUCUGGUUCCCGGUCGGGGGCUUCAUGCAGCAGGGCUCCACCAUCGCGCCUCGCGCCUUAUCCACCCGCUGCGUCAGUGGCGUCUGGUGGGCAUUCACGCUGAUCAUCAUCUCAUCCUACACGGCCAACCUGGCAGCCUUCCUGACCGUGCAGCGCAUGGAUGUGCCCAUCGAGUCAGUGGACGACCUGGCGGACCAGACCGCCAUCGAGUAUGGCACGAUUCACGGAGGCUCCAGCAUGACCUUCUUCCAAAAUUCCCGCUAUCAGACCUACCAGCGCAUGUGGAAUUACAUGUACUCCAAGCAGCCCAGUGUGUUCGUGAAGAGCACGGAGGAGGGGAUCGCCAGGGUGUUGAAUUCCAACUACGCCUUCCUUCUGGAAUCCACCAUGAAUGAGUACUAUCGGCAGCGCAACUGCAACCUCACUCAGAUUGGGGGCCUGCUGGACACCAAGGGCUAUGGGAUUGGCAUGCCAGUCGGCUCCGUCUUCCGGGACGAGUUUGAUCUGGCCAUUCUCCAGUUGCAGGAGAACAACCGUCUGGAAAUUCUGAAGCGCAAGUGGUGGGAAGGGGGCAAGUGCCCCAAGGAGGAAGACCACAGAGCCAAAGGACUGGGAAUGGAGAAUAUUGGUGGAAUCUUUGUGGUUCUUAUUUGUGGCUUAAUCGUGGCCAUUUUUAUGGCUAUGUUGGAGUUUUUAUGGACUCUCCGACACUCAGACGCGACCGAGGUGUCCGUCUGCCAGGAGAUGGUGAGCGAGCUGCGCAGCAUCAUCCUGUGUCAGGACAGUGUCCACCCGCGCCGGCGGCGCGCCGGGCUACCGCCGCCGCAGCCCCCCAUCCCCGAGGAGCAGCGCCGGCCCCGGGGCACCGUGACCCUCAGCAACGGCAAGCUGUGCGGGGCCGGGGAGCCUGACCAGCUGGCGCAGAGACUGGCCCAGGAGGCCGCCCUGGUGGCCCGCGGCUGCACGCACAUACGCGUGUGCCCCGAGUGCCGCCGCUUCCAGGGCCUGCGGGCGCGGCCGUCGCCGGCGCGCAGCGAGGAGAGCCUGGAGUGGGAGAAGACCACCAACAGCAGCGAGCCCGAGUAGCCCCGCUGCCGAGGAUGCUCGGCUCCCCGGCCCGCUGCGGAGGCGGGAUGCGCUGAGCCCGCCAUACUGCCGGCGGGGCCCCCGGACUUGUACAUCGUCCACCCUUCUCUCCAGAUUUUGGAUCCAGUAACUUUACAAAACGAUCAAAGAGCCUGACGCCCCAGCCGGAGACGGCGCCCUGGUCCGGGGAGCGGAGACGUUGAGCCCGAGUGGCAGGGGACGCUCUCCCACCUGGCCACAAGCCCCCUCUUCCCGCAGUGGGCCUUUCCCUCCCAACAAAACUAAAGAGUCGGGGUGGGAGGGGUCCCUGCCCAGACCGUCUGAUGGAUUGGUGGCAUCAUCAGAGGAAUUUCCCCCUAGGAAGGGGCCAUUGUACCCUGGGUCUAGUUCUUACAGGAAAAAAAAAAAAAUUAAACUCAACAGGGAAGUUUUUCUUUUCUGGAUUUGUAUAUUUUUGUUAAUGUUCUUUUGUUUUCUCUGUUUCUCUCCUUCCCUCCUUUUCUUCUUUGUUGUCUCAAUUCUAUUCCUUUGUUUCGUUUUCUUGGAGGGGGAGGCUGGGUUAGGGAAUUGAAGUCACAAUAAUCCCUGUUACCAUUUUCCUAAAUUUUAGAAUAUGAAGCGGCCAGUGCAUCAGACUACAGACGCUGAACUCUCCUUUCUGUGUGGUGACUGGGGCCACAGGGCAUGCAGGAGGUGGUGAAUUAGGUGGAGAAUAUCAAAGAAAGGUCCAGUAAUUUUUUAAAUGCCAAAACCCAAUUAACUCAUAGUUUACUGAGAGACCUUGAAAUGCCUGGGAUUUCAGAGGUUAAUUUGUCCUUUCUUUCUCUCUCUUUUCGACUUUCCCUAUGAUUGGGUUUGAUUUGGUCUUUGGUGAAUGUGAUCUCUGAAGAAGAGAGAUAGCGGAGGAGAGUAGAAGGCACAAAGUAUCCCAGGCCCUUGUUUAAGGAGCAGAGAGGGUAAAUACAAAUUUCCCCAACAGUGGCCUUGGCUUCAGCAGGAACGUGCUGUCUUCAGGUGGGGAAGGAUGGGGCUGUCCUGCUGGUCUGGUGCAUACUUUGUCAACUGCACCUCUUUUUAAUCAAACUCGGUAGCUGCCUAUGAAGCCAGACCCCCCAAGGCUAUCAUGGAUUGGGUGAUUUCUUGCUACUAGAUGUGAGACCUCGGUGCAAAUGUGUGUGUGUGUGUGCGCGUGUGCGUGUGCGUGUGUGUGUGUGUGUGUGUGUGUGUGUUUAUUAUAUGGGAAGAUCUUAAGUAAUCAAGAAUUUGCCAGGUUCCUGGGAGAGAGGUAGGGUCUUGUAGUCAAUACACAGGCCUGGGAACUAGGGACUCUUGAGUCCUCACCUAAGCAUGGGCAGUAGCCCCCCUUGUAUGACUUUACAUGAAGCAUCUCACUUCUCUUUCAUCUACACAAUCGGAGUUACUGAUGCUUUCCAGGCUGUCAGAUGCCUGCUAAGUACUUCUCUACUUGUGAGAUGUUUGCAGUGUCCGGAGCACUCAGAGGGAGGGGUGAAGCUUCUCAGCAGCUGUUUGACCUUUGGUUGGCUUCGCCAGUUGGGAGUUUCACACAGAGAGUUUUCAUUUUCUGAUUGAAAACAAAUUCUAUGCAAUUUCUGUUUGUCAACUUAGAAAAUUCAGAGGAGAGAGAACUAAACAGCCACUAGGGCCAUCUCCCCCGCUGUCACCACCUUGAAUCAAAUUGUCCUCACGUUGUUUCUGUUCUGAACGUACUAAAAUAAAGACACCUUUGCAAGACAACGAGCUUAAUUCCAUGUUUUUGCCGUCGACAUUAGGUCGACAUCUUCUUUGUGCCAGGAUUAUUAGUUAGAACUGCCAUCCUGGGGGUACCCCGAUGGUUCCUAUAAAGGAUGCCAGUUUUGUCCUAGGCUGACCUCUUCUCUCUUAUGAAUUUGAAUCUUUUUACUUUUCCCUCUUAAACCAUCAAAUGUCGGCAAGCUCUGCAGGACAUGAGUCUUUUUUUAAACCUUGCUUAGAGCCUCCUGGAGAAACGUGGAUUUGGUGGGAAGGGCACCUGAAGGCAGAUGGACGGCAGACUGCAAUGGUGCCAUGCUGCCCCGACCCACAGCUCCAUUCCGUGCUUCUGACAAUGUGGUCCCUACUGUCAGAUCGCACGUGGGGCAGGAAGGGUUGUUUUUU